GAUCAGUUGGAAAGGUGCACGGGAUGAGUCAAGCGCUGCAGCAGUCCCUGGGCGAGACGGAAGUCUUCGAGCUCGUCUGCGACUACCUCCGCACGCGCAAGUUCUACCAGGCCGAGCAGACCCUCCUUCACGAGCGUCAACUGGCACUGGACAGUGCUCCCCCUGGCGACGUGACCGAAGGUCAGCUCAACCAGGCGUCGUCCAAUACGUCGACCAUUGUGCCGUUGAAACCAUCGCUCUUGGAAAGCCUCCUCGAACGCAGUUAUGUGACCAACUUUGUCUCCGGCGAAGAGGAACAUCAUGAAGAUGCCCACAAACGCAACCGUUCGCAUCUGGACGGAACCGUCGACGAUGCUGACCUUGCCGAACGAGACAACGACGACGACGGCGACGAAGUCUACGGCCUCAGUACCCAACUUGUCUCGUUCGAAGCAUGCAAAGACGACCCGCACGGGUCGGCCACCAUGCCCAUCUACCAAACAUCCACAUUCGCGCAAAAGUCCGCCACGGAAUUCGGUGCGUACGACUACACCCGCAGUGGCAACCCAACCCGCACGGCGUUGGAACGGCAAAUGGCGGAACUCGAGAAAGGUCAUCGCGCAUUCGCAUUCACGAGCGGCAUGGCGGCCUUGAGCACGAUCUCGCGCCUCGCCAAGGCUGGCGACCAAAUCGUGUUGAGCGACGACUCGUACGGCGGCACAUACCGCCUUCUGUCCAAGUUGACGGCCAAGAACGGCGUGAACAUCAAGUACGUCGACUUGAGCGGUCCCAACGGCCCUGCCAACCUCCGCGCGGUGCUCAACCAUGAAACGAAGCUCGUGAUGAUGGAAAGUCCAACGAACCCGAUGCAACGCAUCUGCGACAUCCCGGCGCUGGCACAAGCCGCCCACGAAUUUGGCGCGCUCCUGAGCGUCGACAACACGAUGAUGAGUCCGAUUCUCCAGAAUCCGUUGAUCCUUGGCGCCGACAUCUGCAUGCACUCUGCGACCAAGUUUGUGUGUGGCCACUCGGAUACCAUGUCGGGCAUCGUCAUCGCCAAGGACCCCGAGCUGUGUCGCGACCUAUACUUUGUCCAGAACGCUGAAGGCACGGGGUUGGCCCCCAUGGACUGCUGGCUCUUGCUGCGCGGCAUCAAAACAAUGGGGCUUCGCGUCCUGACGGCUCAAUCGAAUGCGAUGCGGGUGGCUUUGUUUCUCAAUGCGCAUCCUGCCGUCACCAACGUACGGCUGGCACUUGGCUGGGUUUCAUCGACGUGGUGGUGAAAACCUUGGCCGUGUAGGUCUACUACGCCGGCCUUCCUUCGUACGAAAACAAGGCGAUGCAUGACAAGCAAGCUCGCGGCGCCGGGUCGGUCAUUACGUUUUGCACGGGCAACCUGAAGCUGUCGCAACACAUCGUGAGCACAACCAAGCUGUUCAAGAUCACGGUCAGUUUCGGCAGCGUCAACUCGCUCAUUUCGCUGCCCGGCGUGAUGUCGCAUGCCAGCAUCCCCGAAGAAGUCCGCAAGGCACGGUCGUUCCCGGAGGAUCUCAUCCGCCUCUCGAUUGGAAUUGAGGACGUCCAAGACUUGAUCCACGACCUCCAGCGUGCUUUCCAGAGCUUCUCGACGUCUGCGUAGACGGCGGCAUGCGUGCGUCGCCACGACGACACCGCGAUGGCUCGAUUUCCCCUCGUGCGUGCAGGGCAACGACCCAUCCAGUGCGUUUUUUGCGCAAGCGUCCAACCUGGCGCUGCUGCAUGCGCCGCCAUAAAUCGUGAACGAAAUAGAAGCAUUCCUCGUUUAUAGCACCCCGUACGACGUCCACCAGCGACAUGGUGCUGGUCCAUUUGCA